AUGGCCCCCCUCGUCAGUGAACAAGAAUUGACAAGUGUGUUCCCCGAACAAUGGGAGCGUGAAGAGGCCGUUACCUUGGCCGCAGAUGCAGGUGCUACUGCCAAUUCUGUUUCUGUAACAAAACCGGUUGGGGUCGACCGUGACAAAGAUGAAGAUGAAGGAGGACCUGCUCGUUUGCCAGGUUCUCUGUUUCCACAAUUCCUGUCGUUCCCUUUAGAAGGAUCACGGCAGCACAGAAUUUGUCCGAAAUGUUCACGGCCGUUUCUUGUCGAGUUUGCACAGGAACACGCUGAAGAGUGUAAUGACAAUAAACCACCGAAGCCCGCAGAUGUGUCCAGCAGCGAGUUGACUUCCAGUGUCAAGGAAGUCGUUAGUACUGCUGUUCACAGUAGCAGCGACAAUAGUGCUUCCGUUGAGGACGCGGUCGUGAAUGUGAAGCGCCGCAAGACUGACUCAAAUACCCGCGACAAGGACAGCAAGGAGUCCCGCAAACCGUCGAAGGCAGCAGCGGCAGCUACAAGCAGCAGUGCUAAUCCAUCGAAUUCAUCUACCACAACGAAGGCUUCUUCGAAGCGAAAGGGAGCUGUCAAGGUCCGAGCUCCUGUCGAUGUGGAGAAACAAUGUGGUGUCUUGCUACCUAAUGGCCAGAUGUGUGCUCGUUCGUUAACGUGCAAAACGCAUUCUAUGGGUAGCAAGCGUGCUGUUCCUGGCCGUUCACAACCGUACGAUGUGCUGCUGGCUGCGUAUCAGAAGAAAAACUAUGCGCGUAUACAGCGUCAACGGCUUGAAAAUGCAAAGUCCGUGCAAAACGAGGAUGAGAACGAGGGACCUGUGGACUCGGACCAUGAGGCGGACUUGGUCAUGAACGCAUGUGCUCAAAGUGGCCGAGUGCCCCUCGAGCAUCGUGUCGUUAUUCCUGUCCGCCGUCGGCACUCUUACUUCCGUGCUCGUGAGCUUGUCGCUGCAGCUUUUCGACACGACGAACGGAAUAUGCAGGUGACGGGAACCAUUCUUGGUCGGGUUAUUCCAUUCAGCGUUCUGUAA